GAGGAGGCCGCAAAUUAUACUUGUGCUCGGGCCUGCUGGCCCUCCGGGGGGUGAACCACGAAAUUAUCCUCAUGCCCAAAAACCGGGCUGGCAAAAUUGCGGCUGUACCCACGCCGAGCGGAGGGCCCUGGAUGGCAUUUCCACGUCGAAUCUGGAAUGCACGUGGCCUUACAUGCCGUUCAGAUCCGCACGCCAUCUCCGCUUGCAAGGAGGUGGCCCCAAGCAACUUGAAGGUGCUGUGAACAAAAUUGAGACGUUGGGCAAGACGACUGUCCGUGUGCCUGAACCGGGUGGGCGGCCAGCUCCGCGGCCAUUGGCGUAUCAGUAUCCAUCGUCAUGGCGUCACCAGCGUUGUCAUUUCUGUUAUCAUCAACAACAGGUGCUACACACUUUGCGGCACUUGCCCCUGAUGGUGGUGGUCUGCGGACCCCACUAAGUGCAAGAUUGUCCCCCAGUUUUUGGCCCAAAUUUGGCUUGAAUAUGGGAUGUGCGCAGCGAAAGCAGGUGCAGCCUGUGCUGUUUGGAAGGCCUUGCAGCGGUAAUGGAAUGGGUGUUGUUACUUUGAGCAACAACCACAGCACCAGGGGUGCGGUGGCUUGUCAGCCAUGCAUGCCUGGUGGCAGGCACGCGAGCAAUCGGUCCAGCAGUUGGCCUAGAAGUCGACGAACACGCUUGCGCCAAGCAUCCCCAACCGUUGGGCUUCGAUUAAGUCGUGGUUCUUUCAAUCAUUCAAUGAAAGCCCAUGCUGCUGGCAGAGAGACUUGGCUCAGCAAAACCAGUCUCCGUCGUCGCUGGAGGGGUGUUGUCGCGCCGGAUUGGCGGGGGGCGGACAUGAGCGGGACGAAGAUCAGGUGUGCCUUAAGCAGCAGCAGCGAGGAGGGCUCAGAAAAGGAAGUCUAUGAUGGGAUGUACGGGUCGUGGAGUAUAACGGAAACUGACAGACGGGAGGUGUUUCUAUACCGGUCAGGAAUUGUCGCUUCCUGCUUAGCGUUCACGAUAAGCAGUUCAGCAGUACUUUUUCCGGAUGACGGUACCCUACGGUCCCUUUUGGACCCGCUGUAUGGGCUCGGAACAGUGGGACUUGGGCUGUCCCUGCUCCUAAUCCAUGUCUAUGUGACGGAAAUUAAGCGCUUCAUGCAGAUACUGUGGGCUGUCGGAUGUGUCGGCUCGCUUGCAUUGGCGCUAAACUAUGCUGUGCCGUCCGGGGAACCUCUGGCUUUAUAUAUCCUCCACCAUCCUGCCGCUGUCUGGGCAGUGGGACCUCUGUUUGCUGCCCUCACUGCCUUGGUAUUUAAAGAAGGUCUUUGCUACGGCAAACUGGAAGCAGGUGCUCUGGUUUUUGUGGUACCAGGUUUUCUUCUGGGCCACCUCGCCGGGCUCGAUGACGGCGUGAAAUUGGUGCUGCUUGGAGCAUGGGUCAUUCUCUUCAAUAUCUUUGCAGCUCGCAAAUUCACACAGCCUGUAAAGGAUGAUAUUGGCGACAAGUCCAUCUUCAUAUUCAACGCGCUUCCAGAGGAUGAGAAGGAAGCCUUCCUGGUAAACCUCCAGCAGCAGCGAUAUGAGCAAGGAAGAAGAACCUGAGUGCUAUGGUUCGGUUUCACAUCCGUACAUGCACACGAACGGAGAGAAUUGUGUUUGGGAGGAGACGGGGAUGGUCUUAGGAGGGACUCCUCUCUCGUACCUAGGAGCCCCCAUAAUAUAUGGCAGGUGUGCAAGAACCCAUGGUUUUGCAGCACCAGCGAGUGUACCAUAUUUUUUGUAAAUAUUAAGUACUUGAUGUUCCGUGUGGAUUCGUGUGACUUCUGUUUUGCCAUUGUUAAGUCCGGAUUUGCUUCUUUUUUUUCUUCUUUUUUUUUAAACACAAAAACAAACUGCGUCGAGAGUAGUCCCCCGGGGUGGUAUGAGCACCACCAGGUACUACCCCGGCGUUCGUGGCUCCGAUCUUAUUGCUGGGGAGCAACACCUGCUGGAAACGGGGUUAAGUUUGGAUUUGCUUGUUUGUCCUUCUUUUCCUGGAAAGAACGCACACCCUUGGGCACUUCUUGCAAAUUGGCUACCGGGACUUAACUGCCGGUGGGUCCUUUGCACUCCACUUCCCCCUACCCCACACUCCUACAGAACUCUGCCUUCUAUCCCUUUCCCUCCACCCUCCCCUUAUGUUCUACUAGCAAAUACAUACGGAUGAGCGUUGUUAAGAGAACAGACAAGUAUAUCUGAAAUGAAAUGAACAGAAGUAUGAAGACGAACGACGGACACAAAGACCAAGUAUAAGCUGAAGAUCUGAAGCGAAAUGAACGGGAGUAUGAAGA